AAAAUGUCUGACACUAAAGUUGAAACUCAUGAAUUCACCGCUGAGAUUUCUCAGUUGAUGUCUUUAAUCAUUAACACUGUUUAUUCUAAUAAAGAAAUUUUCUUAAGAGAAUUAAUUUCUAAUGCUUCUGAUGCCUUAGAUAAAAUUAGAUAUGAAGCUUUAUCUGAUGCUUCUAAAUUAGAAAGUGAACCAGAAUUAUUCAUCAGAUUAACUCCAAAACCAGAUCAAAAAGUUUUGGAAAUUAGAGAUUCUGGUAUUGGUAUGACUAAAGCUGAUUUAGUUAACAAUUUAGGUACUAUUGCUAAAUCUGGUACUAAAGCUUUCAUGGAAGCUUUAUCAGCAGGUGCUGAUGUUUCUAUGAUUGGUCAAUUCGGGGUUGGUUUCUACUCUUUAUUCUUGGUUGCUGAUCAUGUUCAAGUUAUUUCCAAACAUAAUGAUGAUGAACAAUAUAUUUGGGAAUCUAACGCUGGUGGUAAAUUUACCAUUACUUUAGAUGAACAAAAUGAAAGAAUUGGUCGUGGUACCAUCUUGAGAUUAUUCUUAAAAGAUGAUCAAUUAGAAUAUUUGGAAGAAAAAAGAAUUAAAGAAGUUGUUAAAAGACAUUCUGAAUUCGUUUCUUAUCCAGUUCAAUUAGUUGUUACUAAAGACGUUGAAAAAGAAGUUCCAGCUGAUGAUGAAGAAGAAGAAAAGAAAGAUGAUGAAGAUAAAAAGGCUAAAUUAGAAGAAGUUGAAGAUGAAGAUGAUAAAAAGGAAAAAACUAAAAAAAUUACUGAAUCAGUUACUGAAACUGAAGAAUUAAAUAAAACUAAACCUUUAUGGACUAGAAACCCUACAGAUGUUUCUCAAGAUGAAUAUAAUGCUUUCUAUAAAUCAAUCUCUAAUGAUUGGGAAGAUCCUUUGGCUGUUAAACAUUUCUCUGUUGAAGGUCAAUUAGAAUUCAGAGCUAUUUUAUUCGUUCCAAAAAGAGCUCCAUUUGAUGCUUUUGAAUCUAAAAAGAAGAAGAAUAAUAUCAAAUUAUACGUUCGUCGUGUCUUUAUUACUGAUGAAGCUGAAGAAUUAAUCCCUGAAUGGUUAUCAUUUGUUAGAGGUGUUGUUGAUUCCGAAGAUUUACCAUUGAAUUUAUCAAGAGAAAUGUUACAACAAAAUAAAAUCUUAAAAGUUAUCAAGAAAAAUAUUGUUAAAAAAUUAAUUGAAACUUUCAAUGAAAUUGCUGAAGAUCAAGAACAAUUUGAUAAAUUUUACACUGCUUUCUCCAAGAAUAUUAAAUUAGGUAUUCAUGAAGAUCAACAAAAUAGAAAUGCUUUAUCUAAAUUAUUAAGAUAUUACUCUACUAAAUCAACCGAAGAAUCAACUUCUUUAUCUGAUUACGUUACUCGUAUGCCAGAACAUCAAAAAAAUAUUUACUAUAUUACUGGUGAAUCUAUUAAAGCUGUUGAAAAUUCUCCAUUCUUGGAUGCUUUGAAAGCUAAAAACUUUGAAGUUUUAUUCUUGGUUGAUCCAAUUGAUGAAUACGCCAUGACUCAAUUAAAAGAAUUCGAAGAUAAAAAAUUAGUUGAUAUUACUAAAGAUUUCGAAUUAGAAGAAUCUGAUGAAGAAAAAGCUCAAAGAGAAAAAGAAGUUACUGAAUUCGAACCAUUAACCAAAGCUUUGAAAGAAAUUUUGGGUGAACAAGUUGAAAAAGUUGUUGUUUCUCAUAAAUUAGUUGAUGCUCCAGCUGCUAUCAGAACUGGUCAAUUCGGUUGGUCUGCUAAUAUGGAAAGAAUCAUGAAAGCUCAAGCUUUAAGAGAUACUACCAUGUCCUCUUACAUGUCUUCCAAAAAGACUUUUGAAAUUUCUCCAAGAUCUUCCAUCAUUAAAGAAUUAAAGAAAAAAGUUGAUGCUGAUGGUGCUGAAGAUAAAACCGUUAAAGAUUUAACUACUUUAUUAUAUGAAACCGCUUUACUUACCUCUGGUUUCUCUUUAGAAGAACCAUCUUCUUUUGCUGGUAGAAUUAACAGAUUAAUCUCUUUAGGUUUAAACAUCGAUGAAGAAGAAGAAGAAGUCGAAGGUGAAAUUGGUACUUCUACUACUACUACUGAUGCUGCUCCUGAAUCUUCUAUGGAAGAAGUUGAUUAAGUUAAAUGAAGUUACGU